CCCAGACACACACAGGGACGAGAGGCUGUCCCUCCCAUAGAUCAAGGGAUGAACACAUGGAGCAGUCACCAGAGACAUCACUAGUCCCAUGUGGGAAGGACAAGUAUAUUUCCAAGAAUGACCUAUUGGCACACCUGAGGAAUUAUAAUCUUUAUUAUGAAGGACAGAACCUUCAGCUGAGGCAUCGAGAGGAAGAAGAUGAGCUGAUUGUGGAAGGACUGCUGAAUAUUUUCUGGGGUUUAAGACGGCCCAUCAGGCUUCAGAUGCAAGAUGACAAUGAAAGAAUACGCCCGCCUCCAUCUUCUACAUCCUGGCAUUCUGGGUGCAACCUCCUCACUCAGGGUAAAGCCUCUCAACCCGCAGUCAUUCCUGAUAUCCAGGUGACAGAAGCUGAAGACACCACUGAUCCUGAUAGUGAAGAAGUGGAAAACCCCUCCCAGGAGGAUACCCCACAGCUCAUGCGCACACGCAGUGAUGUUGGGGUACGAAGAAGGGGGAACUUGCGAACCCCAGGGGAGCAGAGGAGGAUCAAACGGCACCGAUUCUCUAUUAAUGGGCACUUUUACAACCACAAGACGUCUGUAUUCACACCAGCGUAUGGCUCCGUCACCAAUGUGAGGAUAAACAGCACCAUGUCCACCCCACAGGUCCUGAAACUGCUGCUCAACAAAUUCAAGAUUGAGAAUUCAGCUUUAGAGUUUUCCCUGUAUAUGGUGCACACAAGUGGAGAGAAGGCCAAGCUGAAGGACACAGACUAUCCUCUUGUUGCUCGAAUUCUGCAUGGUCCCUGUGAACUAGUGUGUAAGGUUUUCCUCAUGGAGAAGGAUCAAGUGGAGGAGAUCACCUAUGAUGUGGCACAGUACAUUAAGUUUGAGAUGCCUGUACUAAGGAGCUUUAUUAUGAAGCUCAAGGAGGAAGAAGACCGGGAAAUAAUAAAGCUGACGAGGAGGUACACAUCACUCCGACUGUUUAUUGAGCAGCGCUUGCAUGGCAUGGCUAACCACCCUGCCACCAUGUAGACCCCCAGACCCUGCGAAUGAGCCCAGAAACGCGUGCAGCAUCACCUUUCCCAGCCUGGUUCUAGGAAUCAGCCAUGAAGCCUUCAUUCAAAAAGAAAGCACAUUCCGCUUAACUCUCUCCAUUAUUGGAGGGACUGCACUGUAUUGUAAUGCUUCCAAUUACUCAUUGAAUCAAGUAGCACUGCAAUUAUUUCCAAGCUAUGGAAAAAGAAAUGAACUCAAAGCCUUCAUUUUGUUAUAAUGUGACCUUGGUGAAGUUGGUAUUACAUGGUGUUCUCAUGAAUUUGAACCACUAUGGUCCACAGUAUCAAAGACACUUAAAGUGUUUGUUCUCUGCUUACUUGAAAUGAAAAAAUGGUUACGGGAUGUUGGAGUUUAAUCAGGUUAUCAGUGAUGUGAAUUGGGCCACAUCUUGCUGUGCUGAGCGAGCAAGUGACCAAAUUACUGAAAGGUUUGUAAAAACCAUUUGAAUGUAUAUAUAGUCCUGCUGUCAUGUUUAUGAGCAGAAAGAAGCAAUGUCUCAUUAUAAUGAUACAGGAACGUGAAACCUCAGCCCAUUCUGGAUUGCUGUUUGCACAAUUGUGCACUGUGGGUGGAAUGUAUUUUAAAGGUUCACUCAUCUCCAUCCACAGAUUAUAGAUUGUAAAACCUAGUGAUGAGUGUUCUAGUUGUGAUAGACUGAGAUUUACUUCAUAGCACCACAGUUUGCAAACUUGCAGAUUAAGAGCCAAGUGGGAUUUUUAACGUGAACUCCUCUUUAGGUCUAGGUAUGAGAAAUAUGCAGGAAAGGAUAAUGCUUCCAAAUCAAAAGCACAAUGUUUAACUAAAACAAUGUAACUUCUUUUGUCAUAAUGACAAAACUCACUAAAGUAGCAUUAUGAAUGAUGCGAGAAAGGACUCCGGGGUGCAUUUAUAAAAAAACUAGCCCAAAGGAUGUCAGCUUUGCUUUUGGAGCCUACUGAAUAUGAUAGAACCCGAGGGUUGCUAUUGCUCUUUUGCACUGGUUUAUAUAAAUAAGUCCAAAUGAGCAAAUGUGUAAAGCAGUGAUGAUCCUCACAGAAGACCUGAAGGAACUGGGGACAAGACUGAUACCUUCAGAACCAGGAUAGUCCUAGACUGGCAAAUUUGCUUAUUGAACAAUAGGCAGUAAGAGGUCUACCCAUUGUUGGGAUGGCCACCACAGCAUGGGACCCAUCAUGAUUUUUUAAUCCUCUCUUGGUCUAA